GCUUAUUAAAAUAAGGAAAAAGAAGGUUCCUUACAACGCAUCUCACUUUUUUCUACCCAACCUAACAUAUAAAGUAGACUUAAGAGCGGUUACAAAUAGCAAAGAUAUUGCCAAGGUGUGUAUGCGGCUGAGUCAACCCGGCGCAGCACAAGCUACGUUUAGCCAUGGAUACCAAUCAGAUAGCCUACACGGCAAAUGAGAGAGCCCCAGCAGUGCCCCAAUGGCUAAACAAAGGAGACAAUGCAUGGCAAAUGACAGCUUCCACUCUGGUGGGGAUUCAGAGCAUGCCUGGACUUGUAAUCCUCUAUGCUAGCAUCGUCAAGAAGAAAUGGGCCGUCAACUCCGCCUUCAUGGCUCUUUACGCCUUCGCUGCUGUCCUCAUUUGCUGGGUCCUUGUAUGCUACCGCAUGGCCUUCGGUGAUGAACUUCUCCCUUUCUGGGGCAAGGGUGCACCCGCUCUAGGCCAAAAGUACCUCGUUAUCCGAGCCAGGGUCCCUGAGAGUAGGCACAGGGUCACCACCGACCGCUAUGAGACCACGGAGCCCUUUUUUCCCAUGGCUUCGCUUGUAUAUUUCCAAUUCACUUUCGCUGCUAUUACCCUUAUCUUGCUAGCUGGUUCAGUCCUCGGCCGCAUGAAUAUUAAGGCCUGGAUGGCUUUUGUGCCUCUAUGGCUUAUAUUUUCAUACACUGUUGGAGCUUUUAGUCUCUGGGGUGGAGGCUUUCUUUAUCACUGGGGUGUCAUCGAUUACUCCGGUGGAUAUGUUAUUCACCUCUCUUCUGGGAUCGCCGGUCUCACAGCCGCAUACUGGGUUGGACCAAGGCUAAAGAGCGACAGAGAGAGGUUUCCCCCAAACAAUGUUUUACUGAUGCUUGCAGGUGCAGGGUUGCUGUGGAUGGGAUGGUCAGGGUUCAAUGGAGGAGCCCCAUAUGCUGCAAAUAUUGACUCUUCGAUAGCGGUACUCAACACAAACGUUUGUGCAGCAACCAGUCUCCUUGUGUGGACAUCUCUCGAUGUUGUGUUCUUUGGGAAGCCUUCCGUUAUCGGAGCUGUUCAGGGAAUGAUGACGGGACUUGUUUGCAUCACUCCAGGAGCAGGCUUGGUGCAACCUUGGGCUGCAAUAGUAAUGGGAAUGCUUUCGGGCAGUAUACCAUGGGUGUCUAUGAUGAUCCUUCACAAAAAAUGCAGUUGGCUACAACAGGUAGAUGAUACUCUUGGUGUGUUUCACACACACGCGGUGGCAGGCCUGUUGGGCGGCCUCCUUACCGGGCUGUUGGCAGAGCCAGAUCUCUGCAGACUCAUACUCCCAAGAGAAACAAGGGGUGCAGUUUAUGGUGGGAAUGGAGGGGUUCAAUUCGUGAAGCAGAUAGUAGCAGCCUUGUUUGUUAUUGCUUGGAAUGUAGCGUCCACAACAAUAAUACUUUUAGUAAUAAGGUUGUUUAUACCAUUAAGAAUGCCUGAUAACCAACUCGAAAUCGGAGAUGACGCCGUUCAUGGAGAAGAAGCAUAUGCCCUUUGGGGUGAUGGAGAAAAAUAUGACCCAACAAAGCACGGUUGGCAUACGUCUUCGUACUCAGAGGUGACAGCACCCUCACGUUUCGUUGAUGGUGCGAGAGGUGUGACCAUUAGUUUGUAGCUGCAUGCAUGUGAACGUAAACAAAUUUGCUGUAAAUACGAUUUUUCCUGGUGUGAGAUUGCGUCCCCUAGCUUCAGCCUGGUUUCUUGAAUUUUAAGAGCGUGGACCAUUGUCUCUGUGGUCUGUCUGAGUUUUGCGCCAACAAUGCUGAUGUUUUUAUAGUUUAUAAAAUGAAUAUUUAUGUUUCUAUUAUUAA